AUGAGCGACGAGCAAAACUCACGAGAUAAAAUCAUCUAUGAAUGGUUUAUGAAAGAAACACAUGGCAAGAGUUAUCCACCAGUGAAGCCUGCAAUGCGAGAAGUUAUUCUGGAGGUUCUGGGUGAGGUAGCAGCUGCUGAUGGAAUAUUCAGUGAAGAGGAACGGAAAUGGAUAAUUGGUUUUGCUUCUACGUGUGGAUAUCCGCAAGAACUGCUUAAUAAAUUCCAAACAUAUGAACCAGGUCACUCAUCUGAAGUAAAAAAAUAUUUUCAGGAUGUAGAUUUGCCAUAUGUGCAAAGGUCUCGACUCUCCAUCGUCUAUUAUGGGCUCCGAGCUGCUAAUGCAGAUGGUGAAUUACAUGAAAAAGAAAUCGAAGCGAUUCAUGCUCUUGCUAAACAACUUGGUGUUACCGAUGAUCAACUACAACAAAUGCGUGCAAUAUGUGACGCAGAAGACAAACUUCGUGAAAAACGAGCAAAACUUCUUUUCCCAGAAGGUUGA